CACAAGAGCCGCACAGAGAGCGAGAGAGAAAAGCUUGAGUUUACAAACUUUCCAUCGGGACAGAAACUCCGUCAGCGGACGCAGGAAAGUUACGGAGCGCAGGAGGAAUAUUACUGAAUACUCUCAAUGCGGGACAUCAUGACAUAUACUUUUUUAGCUUUAUGACAACUUUUUAAAGACUUUAAAAAGCUUUUUAAGUCGGCCGAAACUACAUUUACCAAAGAAAGCACAAAUAGGCCUAACCAAAGAAGUUCCUACAGUUUUCAGGAGUUCCAUAGGCCAUUUUUAAUCGAAUAUUUUGACUAAGGUUUGUUUGUUAUUGUUUUACAAAAUGAGCAGUAACCCUCUCCAGCCGUUACCGGGCCAGCAGGUGAUCCAUGUCGCCAAAGACCUUGACACGGAUCUGGAGGCUCUUUUCAACUCCGUCAUGAACCCAAAGCCCAGCUCCUGGAGGAACAAACAUUUGCCCGAGUCGUUUUUUAAGGAGCCUGACUCGGGCUCUCACUCUCGGCAGUCCAGCACGGAUUCCGGCAGUCACCCGCCGCGGCUCCAGGCGCAGCACGUCCGCUCGCAUUCGUCCCCGGCGUCCCUGCAGCUGCCCGCGGGCGCGCUGGGCGCCCCGAACCCCGCUCGUCAUCACUCUCAUAUCCGACACCAGUCGUUCGAUGUGGCCGAGGAGCUGCCUUUACCCCCGGGCUGGGAGAUGGCCUACACCCCCAACGGACAGAAGUACUUUCUCAAUCACAUUGAGAAGAUCACCACAUGGCAUGACCCCAGGAAGAACAUGACACCCUCAGUGACCCAGAUGAGUCUGCACAAUCAAGCCUCCAACAACGCCAACAUACAGCAGCGCUCCAUGGCGCUCUCUCAACCCAACCUUGUGCUCAACCAGCAGGCCCAUCAGCAGCACCUGCAGCAGCAGCAGCAGCAGGUUCCAGUUCAGGUUCAGGCCUCCCAGCCGCAGAACUCUCAGCCCAUGAUGAACAUGAGCAGCCCCAUGAGUGCCCAGCAGCACCAGCAGAAAAUGAGGCUCCAGCGCAUCCAGAUGGAGCGAGAGCGCAUCCAGAGGAGACAGGAAGAGCUCAUGAGACAGGAGGUGGCGCUCCGACAACUGCCCAUGGACUCUGAAAAUAUGGCACCUGUAGCACCAGCCAUCAGCUCUCCGGCCAUGACGCAGGGCAACAUGCCCAACAACAGCUCAGAUCCCUUCCUCAACAGUGGGCCGUAUCACUCACGAGAGCAGAGCACAGACAGUGGACUCGGACUGGGCUGCUACAGCAUCCCCACCACUCCUGAGGACUUCCUGAACAACAUGGAGGAGAUGGACACAGGUGAGAACAUGGUGCCUGUCAGUAUGAACGUACCCCAGCAGAGCCGUUUCCCAGACUUCCUGGACUCCAUGCCCGGCACCAACGUGGACUUGGGCACCCUGGAGGGUGCCGACCUCAUGCCCAUCCUCAAUGACGUGGAAUCGGUUCUGAACAAGAGUGAACCCUUCCUCACCUGGCUCUAGACUGACACGCCAGAUUAAAGACUGUUUUAUAUAAAUAUAGAUAUUAUAUUAUAUAUUCAAUCAGCCUCUUCCUCUAGUUUCACUUUUUAGGUGUCAAAUUUGUUCUCUCACAUCACCACAACUCUAAGAACAAUACCAAAGUGUUUAGCCUGCGAACAAAUAAGUGAGCAUGUGUCAAUCAAGACAUUAGAGGAAGACAAAUAUGUUUGUUUUGUAACUGAUGUUGGGUAGAUUUGAUUAUGACUGUGUGUUCAGAAUGAUCACUUUGACAGUGGAAAUGCCUGAAUAGUGUCGUAUAAAUGAGUCGGGCUCUCUGAUCAUGUUUGUACAUUUAACCCAGAGAGAGAGUCUGGGUGAAUCUCACGAAACCCGUCAAGAAUGUAAGCAGUCUUAUUUCUGCCACGGAAAAAAAAAGAAUAUUAAAAAAAAAGGUAAUUGUGACUUUCUCGUCUCACAAUUCAGACUUUUUUUCUUGCAAUUGCGAUAUUUAGACUUUUUUUCCUCAGAAUUCUGCAUGUGUAUGCAUUCAGGUCAGGUAACUAAUGGGCCGUUUAUACAACACCAUUUUCAACUAAAAACAGGAAACUUUUUAUGCUUUUUGGCCAUUCAUUUAAAUGACAACAGCGUUUUGGGGGCCUGAAAAUGCAAACUUUUGAAAACGUGAACAUUUUGGAAAACAAUUCCGUUAUCAUCUCAGUGUAAACUACAAUUGUGAAUUUGUGAAAUCGUUUAUGUUAUUCGUAUUAUGUGUUUCUUUACGAAGUGACAUCGCCAAGUACUGGCCUGGCAUGAAUACUAGUGUUUUUAGUCGUUUCCAUGGAUCUGUGUGAACAGGAUAGUUUUGACAACGUUGCCGUCUGUACGCGAAAAACGCAAAGAAUUUAAAUUUUUAGUACAAUGAUGUUGUGUAAACGUACCAUUAAAAAACUGAAUUGUGAGAAUUGCAGAAAUGAGAAUUCAUAGAAAACCAAUUUCGAGAUAUAAACUCUCACUUCUUAGCAAAAAAAAAAAAGUUACAACUGCAAGAUAUAAACUCGCAAUUCUGAGAUAAAAAAAAAAUCAGAAUUGUGUGAUAUAAACAGUUACAUUUUUUAAAAUAUUUUUAUUCCAUAGCAUAAAUAAGCUUCCAUAAAAACGUGUCUGUAUCAAGAAGAAGAAAAUUAAGCCAAUUUUCAGGACCAUUAGGAAUUUUGGCAAUAAUUGGCAAUAUGCAUUUGCUACCUUAAAGAGCUCUUUCUAUCCUACUUAAACCAAAAAACUAGCUUUAUUGGUAUAGAUUAAUGUAUUUAGAUUGAUUGAGUGAUGUUAAAUAAAAUUGACUUGAAUGACUUGAAUAAAACCAGCUGAUUUAGAUGCUUCAAAAAUCAUAAUGGUCCCUAUGUUUUCAUGAGAUUCACUCUGCUUUAAUAAUUCGCAUUUUGCCAAAUCAGUAGGAGCAGUAUGCCUGUCAAAGCUUUACAUUGUGAAUUUAUAUCCAGCAUAUAACUAUUUCAGAUGUGUUUUACUUUUAUUCCAGUAUAGAUAUUGUGUGAAGCUCAAGAAGCUCAUGUAGACAAGCGUUUCAUAUCAUAUGUUUUUAUGUACUGCUACAGUAUUCCUAUUUUCUAUUCUGUGCUCUUGACAUCUGGUGCAUUUAAUUAGUUUGCAGUUUAGUAUUUAUCAAGAGCUACUGUAUGAACUUCUUUUUAAAUAGUUUUAGUUUUUUUUUUUUUUUCACUACAAGCACUACAAAUACACCAAGGAUUCAGCAAUACUAGUCUAGUCCCACAACAAUAUAUUCAGGGAAUAUCCGCAUUAAGUAUUUUCUGAUCAUUUUUCCUUCAUUUGAAUGAUCAUUGUGGCCGACACAUGUUUUUUUUAUUGAUUUUACUACCCUGGCUGAAAUCCAGUUCACUAUAUAAACAUAUAAAUAUGUUUUGUUUUUCUACACAGGUCUAAUUUUUGUAUUGCAUGUUUGAUCUGUUUGAUAUUCAUAGCAUCAGGGGUGUGUAGACCCACCUCACCAUGACUUCUUUAUUGUGUAUGGUUACUUUAUAGAUGGGUUAUGAAUUGAGAAGUGUGUUGGAUUUGUGGAUUGUGCAGUUGUUUGGGUGGAGGGGUGGUUUUUAGUAACUGUAGGUCAAACUGAGCUCAUGACGUCCUUUAUGAGGACCGAACGGUUAAGUACCGGGUCAGAAAGAGCCGAUACAAGCUGUUCUCGAACCCGAGUGACCUUUGGUUGGUUUCUUCAGUUUUGGACAACUAAGGAUGAGGUCUGGUGGUCUUGAGUGGCCAGUUCUGAAAGAAGGACCUUUUAAAGAUUUAACUAAUUUCUGUGAUAUAAACUGCUUUUCCAAAACCUAAAUCAUGCAAUUUCCCAAAGAGUUGGAUAUGAGGUUUCAGUUCUGGUUGGGAACAGAAUUUAUUCAUUGUGUUAUGGGGUGAACUGAAAUCUGGUGAGUGUAAUCUGUACCGGUUGAUGCAAGAGUUAUGUAGCGCUCAACAUUUUAGAAUGCAUUAGGUUUUGUAACAUUGGUCACAUACUGAAAAGUUCAGAAAUCAAACAAUUUACCACAGAAAAAAGAUAGUGGUGUACUGUACGUGAGAAAAGUGGUUGUAACCUCUAAGAAAUCUUUAAAAUUGUCAGUAAAAUUGAAAAGGAAAAGAAUAAAAUGGUUUUAUUAGCA